AUGGACGAAGAACAGCCAGCUUCCAAAACCGGCUUGACUUCCAAGAGCAUGAUAAUAAGUCCUUCGGAGCACCAGAGCAUGGUGUCCAAGUCCGCGCUGUUCGAGCACCGCUCGUCCGGGAAAAGGAAGAAGAGGCGGCGCCGCAGGCAAAAGGAGCUGUUCACCAUCCAGGGGGUGGUCAAGGUGGUGUUGAGCGAGCUGGCGCAGAAAAUCAUAGGUUGCGUCGUAGGAGUUGACGUCACCACGGAAAAUCCAUGGACGUACGUCGACAAGGAGCUGGUGCAGGACAAUUUAGAGUUACACGAAGAGAGUUCCGAAUUCCUACCCAUAAAAAAGGAAGUUCUCGCCUUUCCCAGACCAAAAAUACUGAUAGGUUAUGUCCCGGACGAGUCACGUGACUACGACGAGUUCUACAUCUGCGUCACAGAGAAAGCCACGGACGAGGUGACGGCCAUCAUAGAAAAGAUGAGAAAGGAACAGGAGGAGCGACUGAACAAUGCCAUAAACAAAACUGUGAAGCAAUGGGUAACGCAAGGAUGUGAAGGAGAGGUGGAAGAAGCCAUUAUGAAGAACAACAGGCCGUUGAUAGAGGUGGAGGUUGAAACUAGAUACCCCAUCUUUCCCGACAAGGCUCAGUUUAAGUUGGUGCGUGCUCAGCAGAGGCGUGAUGGGUACAUGGAGCUGAGAAGCACCGAAGAAACUUUUACCAACAUCUAUAAAAAGAGGAUAGACGCAAGCGUACAAGUGGCGCCACGCUACAUCUCGACGGAGGCCCAGACCAACUGCACCUACCCCUCAAACUCUGCCACGCAGUACCUCUACGAAGUGGAGGAUACUAAACAACUUUUGGAGCAGUGCAGCAAGAGUAUCAGGGAGUAUACCAAUGAGAACAUGGAGAAUAUCUCCGAUAUCCUAACGGUAAACGGUGUGUUAAAUCUGUAUUCCGACGAUUACACUUCCCUGGCCAUGGACCAGAACGGCACGUGGACUCAAACCGGGGUUGUAGAUGGUAUCAAGGAAUACAUGUCGUUCAUGGACGUGAAGCUAUGCAAAGGCAAGAAAAUAGCCAAUGCUGUGUGGCACCCCAUGUGGACGGGUACGGUAGCCAUCGCCUACUCGGAUCUAGCCUCCAAUGAUUACCUCAACGGGCCCAGCAAUGAAGACGUGGUUUUGAGAGCCGUGCACGGAGUAAACCCUGUUCUGUUGUGGAGUACAUCGGAUGCUUUGAAACCGAAGCUGAUAUUGGAAUCUCCCCGAGAGGUGCACAAAUUGUCGUUCUGCCCCUUCGACGAGAAUAUCCUCAUCGGUGGUUGUAAGGAUGGACAGAUAAUCAUUUGGGACAUACGGAACAAACUGAACAAAGUUGAGGAACUGGAAGUCCUGACCCCUGCACAGCAGAGGUACAGAGCCCAUAUGAAUUCUCUGAUGGAGUGGAUGAAGAACGUUCACGAUUUGGCAUUAGUCAGGCCUACCGCCAUAUCGGAUCCUAGGUAUUCCCACAGGGGUGCAAUCACAGGCAUCACAUGGAUGUCGCCAUUUUACGAGAUCUCGAAAAUCGGCAACCUUAUGGAGAUUCCAGACGAGUGGGAGCAGAUGUCCAUGCAAUUCAUGACUAGCAGUGAAGACGGCACCGUCCUGGUCUGGGACCUAUUGAAAAGACCCAAAAUCGAGGCCGGAGGCUACAAAGUCAAGAAGCUCAAAAGACUGAAGAAAAAACCUAGUGCUUUGAUGAUCGACGUUUCUCCGUACCAGUCGCUCCACCUGAACCUGAGGCCCAUCUACAGGUUGUACCUUCGCAGAUCGGGGGACAAAAACAAGAACAAUAUGGCGAUAUCCAGCUGUUACGCCAAGUUCUGCAAGGUGAGGUACGUCGAACGCCCAUCGACGGGGAAGAAAAACUUAGACGACCGCACGUACUACGUCCCGGUGUUACAUAGAGAGACACGCCAUGAAGUCCUCCCCAGAAUCCACCUGGGCACGAUGGAAGGCGACUACGCCCUUCUGAGGUGGGACGGGCAGGAUUUCGACUCGGGCGAGGUGGUCAACUCCGAGGUGGGAGUACCUUUGAACUUCGGCAAGUACCACGACGGUCCCGUCACGUCCUUGCACACCCCUAGCGCUUACAACGUCUACCUGACGGCGGGCGGUAGGAUCUUUGCGCUUUGGAGGGACGACUUCAAGGACAAGCCGAUCCUUUGGAGGAGAACUAGGUCCAAGAUGACCUCCGCGAAGUUCAAUAUGUUUCAGCCCUACAUGUUCACAAUUCUGCUGAUGAGCGGUCACAUAGAGGAUUGGGUAUUGGCGAACAGCAGCAAGUAUCCAGUGAAAUCCGUCAUGUAUUCUAGUCAGUACAUCACAGCGGCCGCCAUGCACCCUUUGAAGCUGAAGAAGGACAUAUACGGGGCCGGGGAUAAGCAAGGUGCCUUUCGUCUGUUUUUUUUCAACGCUGAGACCAAGGAAACAGUGGCGAGCAAGAUGGCGGCCUUCACCGCCUUCAUCGACAGGGAGGUGGAGCGCAAGAAAAUGUUCGUCGCGUGGCAAGACGACUGGAACAAACGGCACGACGCCGCCGAGAUAUUGCACGAGAAACCACAGGAGAAGUUGCCCCCCAAGGGCCCCCAGCCCGGUAAGAGACGUACGUUUCGGUGGCUAACAAGACUCGUUUUUUUUUUGCGAGUUCCAGGUAAGUUUAUCGAGUGGAUGAUCGAACAGAGGCAGUUGGAGAGAGAGGCUAGGAUCAAGAGCAUGAUCAUCAGCAAGAAGCAGCUCGAUACGAAGGAACUGGAAAAGAGGAGGAAGCCCUUGCAGAAGCUGGAGGAGGAGAAUGAGAUGAAGAAGAGGAAGCAGAAGCAAAGGCUAAAAGAGGGCGACACCAUCUUCCACAACACGGUGGCAGCACUGUUCCCGGAAGUGGUGAAGGAGAAACCACCGCUUCCGCCCGAUCCUUACGCCGUCGUGGAUUCGGACCUGGACAAACAGCUCUGUUACGAGGAGUACCAGAGUUUAUGUGUGGAAGCUGAGGAGUUCGUGGAUGCCAACCCCUACGACUACGAGUUCGACUGGAGAGAAGUGCAGGAAGGUGGUAAAUUGAGGCGGCACCUACUCGACGAAAAUGGCACCCGUAGGAGCUACCACGACCUGAGGAAAAUGCGAAGGAAAGGCACUAAGAAGAGUGUUGCGCCUUCGGCCUUCAGCGAAGCGUUUGAGACCUCUAUGGAAGAAGGAAAUGUAACUGCCCCAAAUGCAUCAUGA